AAAAUCUUUGCUCGUGUUUUGCUAAAUCGUCUUAACAAGCACCUGGAACAAGGACUCCUGCCGGAAAGCCGGUGUGGUUUUCGUCAUCAUCGCGGCACCACCGACAGGAUAUUCGCUGCUCGACAGCUGCAGGAGAAGUGCCAAGAGAUGCGCACCUACAUCUCCACCACUUAUGUGGGCCUAAUGAAAGCUUUCGACACGGGGAAUCGCGCUGGACUUUGGAAAUUCAUGCACAAGUUCGGCUGUCCUGAGGACUUAACUCACAUGAAACGCCAGCUGCACGACGGUUUUACCUCUGACGAUGGACUCCCGCAAGAGUUCGAAAGCUCAGACAAAUAA